AACGCAAAAGGGGGAAGCGGUGGGCGGUGCAGGAAGAGAUCCAUGGCGUCGAAGGUGUCGCUCAAGGGGAAGAGGAAGGCCGGGAAGGGCUCCAAGGGGCCGGAGGAGCGGUCGGCGUGCAAGUGCUUCAAGGAGUGGAGCACCUGGGCGAUGAAGAAGGCCAAGGUGAUCACUCACUAUGGCUUUAUUCCCCUCAUCAUCACCAUCGGCAUGAACUCCGAGCCCAAGCCCCAGCUCUACCAGCUGCUCAGUCCCGUCUGAUGCCUCCCUCCACCAUCGGCAAGCUUUUAGGAGAUUUGGAUUGCCGACGAUCGAUUUCCAUUAGGUAUGGCUGACCUUGUUAUACUGCGUGCAUCACUAGGGUAGGGAAAUCAGUCCAAGGUUGUGUUACUUGUGAUCGAUUUCAAGAACAGUUUGCGGACUC